CACAUUUCCACUUGGCACCCACACUCACCCAUUGUCUUAGCGCGACUGUGCUUCCUGAAUGUGGUCGUGAAGGGUCCGGCCAUUGUCGCACUGAAUGAUAUCGUGGCCCCGUUCACUGAGAACGAUCGAAUAUAAAUUGCUUGCCCUUCGGCUCAACUUCAAGAAGAUUGCGGAGGAUACUCACUAUGGCGUCCCUUUGGCCUGCGACACUCCUGAUCGCCGUAUGUCUGGCUUCAGCUGCAGAUGUCCCGUUAGAAGACGACGUUAGAAAUGGGUCUUCCCCGGCCGUGCCCAUCCUCAGGAGGCUCAAGAGAGUGGUCUGCAGGGAGAUGGAGGGGCAUUGGCACGUGGAAGGGAUUCGUGAAACGAUCAGUAACGGCUUCAGCUUUGGAAAAGCCAACAGCUACAGCGAUACGUUUCUAUUGAACGCUUACAACGUGAGCCUAGAUUUGAAAGUGUCUCGCUCUGAUGGAGAACUAUGGCUUGGACUGUUUCUUGGCAUCUGCAAGGGUAUCGAUGACGAGUUCCAAACAUGGCCCUUCAGGACUCCCUACACUCUAACUAUCUUCCAUCCAACGAACAAGACAUUGGACAUCUCGAAGACCAUCUCGUCAUUCUCAACUGCAACGUUGGCUUCCUUCAAGAGACCAACAACCGGUUGCAACGUCUAUUGGGGUUUCUCUGAGCUGAUACGAGUAUCAGAAGUUGAAAAACAAGGAUACAUAGUGGACAAUGCUGUCUCUGUUGGUGUUAAGCUCAAUCCGUAAAUUGGGAUUAAUAUGAUGACUGUUCGCGCCAUUAUGCGCUAGUGGUUCUCUGUACGCGUACAUACAUACAAUUGGGUCCACGAAGCAAGUGAUGACUGCGCAGGCACGGUAAUCAAAUAGUUGGGAGAUAAAAAUCGUGGCAUUUGCUUUCAUGUUUCACCAGAGAUUUCAAUGUGCUGUCUAAAGCUAUAUACGCACUUUCUAUGCUCGAUUUGGAAACCUCUCCCUUAUAGACGUCAAAUAGUUUGCUUUUGGGACCUCCUCCUGGAAGAUAUUAUAUCCAUUGUAACGAAUUGUCUGUAAAUGGUUAAUAAAGGUGAAAUUUUAAAGAGUG